AUGGCUCGAAAUGCAGAGAAGGCAAUGACCGCUUUAGCGAGAUGGCGGCGGAUGAAAGAAGAAGAGGAGAAAGGCCCGGUUGCGAAACGACCGAGCGAUGUGAAUGAAUGCACCACGCUAAAUGAUGCAGAAAGAUACAGAAAGCAAGUAACGAUGGAAAUUGCCAAAAAAAUAGCGCUAAUACAAAAUCCAGGCUUGGGUGAAUUUAAAAUUCGAGAUUUGAAUGACGAAAUAAAUAAAUUGUUGCGAGUUAAAUACGCUUGGGAAACAAGGAUUAAGGAACUUGGAGGCCAGGAUUAUAGGAAGAUAGCUCCCAGAGAGCUGGAUCGAGAGGGACGUGAAGUAGCCGGUGGUAAGGGCUACAAAUAUUUUGGAGCUGCGAAAGAUUUGCCUGGUGUUCGGGAGCUUUUCGAAAAAGUUGGCAUCGAUGAAUCACGGAAAAAUCGCAUGGAAUUAAUCAAAUUUUUGGAUGCAGAUUAUUAUGGCUAUAUGGAUGAUGACGAUGGUUUAUUGGUACCGCUGGAAAUGGAUGCUGAAAUUAAAGCUCGUUCACAAAUUCAAAAGGACUGGGAAGAAAAUAAAGAUGUUUUGAAAGCAAAGAAGGCAUUCGAUGAUGAUGUGGAUAUAUACAAAAUUGAUGAUGACUCUGAUGAGGAAGACAUCGGCUCGAAACAAUCUGUUCUAAUAGGUGAUGAUGGGAAGAAAACGUUCAUCCAACAUGUUGUUGUGCCGUCACAAAAAGAAAUCGAGAAUCUAAUUUUGGAAAGGAAGAAAGCACAACUUUUUGAAAAAUAUGUUGGAAACUCCUCAAGUUUGUAA